CGUUUUAAUAUUCCUCCGUCCCCUCUUUCCCUCUCGCCGUCUCCUAAAUCCUAAUAAAUUCGGGAGCGGAUAACGAGGGGAAAAGAAGAGAGAAAAUUGACGAUUUAAAGGGGGAAAAGAGGAGCGAUUUUCUUCGGUUCUUCUUCGAAUCCAUUGGUGGGAAAUUUGGAAGGAAUGCAAUAUGGAGAUUUUCUAAGGAAAGCUCAACCUCCCAAGAGAAUUGGUGCAGAUGACUUUUUGGAAAAUGGCAUGAGGACGAGAGUGGAUCUUUUUCCAAGUACUGAUAGUACAAAAGUUUGAUUUGGAUGAUGGAGAAUCAGCAAUAGUGAUCUGGAAUUGCACAAGGGUCCAUUAAACCGACAAGUUCUGAGGACAUUUAAGCGUCCCUGGAUGACUACAACUGCCAUGAGUUCCACUGGACUGAUGUAUGAGAGUUAAAAAUGAAAGGCGGCUUUUCUUCCAUGAGCAUGACAAGAUGACCUAUCUCAAGAUGGGGAGAAAACAGAUGUUCCCUGGCUCAUCUUCUGCUAUUCAGUCAAAAAAUAUGGAUGAAUCAACUUCAGUAUCUGGGGAUUCUAACUGCGAAUUGAUCAGUUCAAACGAGCAGGCUUCCCCUCAGCCUAAAGUACCGCAUGGAAAAAAGUCUAUUGUACUCCGUAACAGUGAUAUAGAUGGAUUGUUAGAGUGUCCUGUUUGCAGCAAUUUAAUGUUUCCACCUAUUCAGCAGUGUCCAAGUGGGCAUACCCUGUGCCUUUCCUGCAAGAACAAAGUCAAUAAUAAGUGUCCAAUAUGCAGAAAGGAAAUUGGCAAUAUAAGAUGUUUAGCACUCGAGAAGCUGGCUCUCUCUCUCCACGUGCCAUGCGCAUACCAUCACCUAGGCUGUGAGGAAAUGUUUCCCUAUUACAGCAAGCCGAAACAUGAAGCACAGUGUGUUUACAGGCCAUAUGCAUGCCCGCAUCCGGGUUCGGAGUGUCCCUUCACAGGAGGUAUCCCUGCCCUUUUGUGGCAUCUCCGAGAGAGCCAUAAGGUGGAUCUUCAAGCAGGUUGCACCUUCAAUCAUCGAUAUGUGAAGCAGGACCCAUGUUCGGUGGACAAUGUAUCAUGGACGCUAACACUUUUCAGCUGCUUCGGCCACUAUUUCUGUCUGCAUUUUGAAGCAUUUCUGUUAGGAUGCGAGCCAGUUUACAUGGCCUUCCUCCGUUUCAUAGGCGAGGAAUCUGAAGCAAGGAUGUUUGGGUAUUGCCUUGAGGUUGGUGGUAGUGGAAGGAAGCUGGCAUGGCAGGGAGUGCCUCAGAGCAUCCGGACCCACCACAGGACAGUCCGUGACAGCAACGAUGGCCUCAUAGUUCAGAGGAGCCUGGCUCUCUACUUCUCAGGUGGCAAUCGGAAGGAGUUGAAGCUGAGAGUCACAGGCAGGAUUUGGAGGGAGAUCCCGAGAAGGGAGAAUGGAGGAGACAGCGAAAAGUGAGAUACUAUAGAGCUGUGCAUGCUGUAUUCUUUCAUAAAAAAGUGAAAGCUCUACCAUCUUAUUAGCUACAUUCCAUGAAUGGAGCCUUUCAGAGAAAUGUUAUAUUGCAGCAGAUGAGAUUGAAUCUAGUUGGGAGGUCUGGAAACUGCACUCGAUCGCAAAUUUCUCCAUCACAGCCUCCCUGGGUAACUACACUGUUUUAUUUUCUGUUGGCUCCCAAAGAGGACAAGGUUUAAAUGCAUACUGUUGGAAUGCAAAAGUAGCAAGCGUCUGUUUGGAUAUGAUUGGUUUGAAAAUUUUGCAAUAAUCAUAGCCGCCUUUCUAGCUCGCAUCUUCUAAAGGCCUGCUCAUAUUCUAACCCAAGUCCUGAUGGAAGGUGUUUGGUUGAUGGAGUUAUGUUUAAAUGGGCAGCUUAGUCCAUAAAUUCUGUAAGAUUUUCUGUUUAUUUCUAUGGAAAUAUCCAAAUAGAUCCUAGUUAGGAAGGGCUACUUUUAGUUGAACUGGAUUCGAUGAUAUUUUAUGAUUCAAUAUAAUGUUUUGCUAGUGCAAUAGAAAAACAGAAAA